CAGAAGCCCGUUGGAGUGUGUGGAUUCUAAUUCAGUCCGAGUUUGUCACAAUAACGAGAAAGCCAUAACUGCUGUAAAAUAAAACGUCCUCGGACUCGGUGAGAUGUUGUGCCAGUUCCGGAUGAUGAUUUUGACGUUUAUAUGUGUGGAGAAUUCCCACAGCUCAGGCGGCAUUUUCUUCUCCUCCUCCUCCUCCUUCCUUCACUCACCCACCCACCCAUCCAUGCUCCGAGCAGUCGGUCGCUCGCUUGUUCGGUGUUGACAAGCUUCUCGCAUCCGCAUUUCAAGCACAGCAGACUCGGUAAGCUACUUAGACACAACUUCACCGUGAGGGCCAUCGUUUGGAAGGUUUUCUCCUCUUCACUAUUCACAAGGAGCCAGCCGAUUCCAUUUCCUGUUCCUCAUGUCGUUGUUAGUCAGAGCGGAUGUGUGCAUCGCCCACAGAUAGGCUUUGACUAAUGUGGUCAUAUAACACGCUGCAUCUCCAUUAACUACAGAAGAAGCUGCACCGGACAACAAGCACAAAAUCAGGACAAGAAAACAUUUUAGAGUUUGGUUUUGGCAAUGUUACCUUGGGCUUGGAUGUUCUGUGCGCUCGCAGCCUUUUGUUUCGGCUUUAAACCUGGAGCUGACGGAUAUGAUGAAUUUACCAGUGCCACAAACCUGCUACAUUUGGCCAUUGAUGAUACUACUGAGCAAGUGUAUGUUGGGGCAGUGAAUUUCCUCUAUCAACUAACACCAGGCCUCCAAGAGGAAAAGAAAGCAGAAACUGGUCCAAAACCUGAUCAUCCGAAGUGUGUCCCACCAAUAAAGCCUUCAACUUGCUCAAAUGCAGUACCAACUCAGAAUUACAAUAAACUCCUUUUAAUAGACAAAGAUAGGAAUCAUCUUGUAAUAUGUGGAAAUAUAUUUAAGGGAAUCUGCUCAUCAAGGGCUCUGAAUGACAUCAGUACAAUCGUAUAUGAAAAUGUGAAUGGUGGAGAAGCGACUUUCGUUGCAAGUAAUCAAUCAACUGUGGGCCUUAUAACUCUCAUGAAUAACACAAAAAAUGAACUCAAACCAGUGAUGUUUGUUGGAAAAAGUUUUGAAACAUAUGCAAAUGCAAUUGUAAGCACCAGAACACUCUCUAAAAAUGAUCAGGGCCACGCUUUUGAGCUUGUUCAAGAUUCUUCAGCUGUGAAACCAGAUUCUCAUUUACAGUAUCGACAUGAUUUUAAAUUUGCUUUUGAAGAUGGGAACUUUGUUUAUUUCCUUUUUUCUCGAACGGAUGGAGCACAAGAGGAACCUACAACUUACAUAUCACGGAUUUGCAUUUCUGAUGUUUUUUACUUUUCUUAUAUUGAAAUGGUCUUGAAAUGUGAUGAUUGUAAUCUCGUGCAGGCUGCUUAUAUUAGUCAUCCUGGAGAAAAACUUGCUCAGCAUAUGAACAGAUCAGGUUUAUAUGGGACUGUAACUUCACAGGAUAAAGUACUGUUUGCUGUGUUUAACAGAGGUAACCUAAAAACAACCUCAUCUGAUAAGUCUGCUUUCUGCAUGUUCUCCUUGAAGCAGAUAAAUGAAAAGAUUGAAGAAUAUAGGGAAAUCUGCUAUAGUAGCAAAGAGAUGAAGGAGAAAAAUGAAAUCAUUUAUAAUCCAUACAAAUCUGAUGGUUCGCACAAUUGUCCUAAGGAUUUGAAUAAGGGACAAGCAAAGGCAUAUCCUUGCAGUGGUGAACACCUUCCAUAUCCCAUUGCAAGUAGAGAAGGUAUUGCUGCUACACCGCUACAACAUUAUGAUACAAAUUUAUCAGCAAUAGCUGUGACCGUGGAGAAUGACCAUACAAUUGGCUUUUUAGGCAACAUAAAAGGAGAAAUUCAUAAGGUAUUCCUGGACAAUGAAACUGAUGACUAUCAGACUGUAUAUAUGACUCCAAACAGCAAAGUGAACAGUGACCUUAUUUUUAAUGCAAAAAGAGACCACCUGUACGUCAUGACUGAGAAAAAGAUCACUCGUCUGCCAGUAGAGGAGUGCAACAGCUACAAAAGUUGCGAUUCUUGCAUUGCAUCUAGAGAUCCUUACUGUGGUUGGUGUGUAAUAGAAGGAAUUUGUUCCAGGAAGUUGCACUGUACAAAAGCUGCCCAGAAAGACCAUUGGUUGUGGAGUCUGAACAAACAGUGUCCAACAGUGAUUCAUGCAGACCCGCAGAACAUGAGUCGAAAUGCAGCAGAUCAGGUGCAGUUGAAUAUAGAGCCAUUUCCUGCUUUAACAGAACAAGACCGUAUAGAGUGUUCUGUAAAUAAUUUUAAAAGCAUUAGUACAUCUUUGACAAGUUAUGUUCUUUGUGAGACUCCACCUAUCAAUCAAAUAGCUGCUACACCUCCAGGUCAAGAUUAUAUUGAUAUUGAGGUGAACCUGAAGAUUGUCAGUGGUGGAAAAGUAAUAGAUUUCACACGGACCAACUACUCAUUUUAUGACUGUAAUGCAGCCAUGACACUGUCUCCAAAUAUUCCGUGUGACUCCUGUGUAAGAAGCAAGUGGACCUGCCACUGGGAUAUUUCAGAACACACAUGCAAAGAUGGUCACACGAAAGGAGAUCAGUUAAAUAUUGUUCAAAGUAAAAUGGCUCAAAACUGUCCACGUUUUGAAAAUGCAUUACCACUAUUAAUUCCAGUGAAUGAAACUGCUAAUAUUUCAUUUCAUGGGAAGAAUUUAAACUUUUACCAGAACAAGAAGCUAGUAAUUGUUGAUGACUUGGUGAGAAAGACUCUUGGUGUGAACAGGAAUCAACCAGAUAUGUUUUGGAGUGAGAAUUUUAAGUUUUCCUAUGAUGAAAAUGAAACCCGCAUAGUACAUUUUGUUGUACAAGCAGAAGGGAAAAUAAUAGAUAGCAGAUUAGAUGUGACUCUUUAUAAUUGUGGGUACAGCCACAAGGACUGCAGUCUUUGUCUCUCGGCUAACAAAACAUACGAUUGCACUUGGUGUAAGCCCCUGAAAAGAUGCGUUUAUAAACGUCACUGUGAUGAUGUUAUUGCUACAACUGAUCAGUGUCCAUUUCCAACUAUUUCACAGCUGGAUCCCAUAAAUGGACCUCUUGAGGGAGGAAUCCUUCUGACCAUCAAAGGCUCAAAUCUUGGAAUAUCUUCUGAUGAUAUCAGGGAAAUCAAAGUUGGAAAUGCUGUAUGCAGUCAAGUCGCAGAACAAUAUUCCGUCUCUGUCAGGGUUGUUUGCGAAUUAAGUAACGUUUCAAAUUCCCAGCAUAAUUUUGUUCACAUUAAGCUAAAAAAUGGGAGACAUGGUACUUCAAAAAGCAACUUUGCAUACAUUGACCCAAAACCUACACUCAUUACUCCAUCACGAGGGAUAAAUGCUGGAGGAACCAGUCUAACAAUAAGAGGAGAAAACUUAAAUAUUGGAAGGCAAGAAGAUGUAAAAGUGACGCUGGAUAACAUACCAUGCACCCUGAUAGCAUUCAAUGAAAGCCUGAUCUGUAUCACUGGUCCUUUUAAUGAAACUGUUAAAAGUGGUGACAAAAAUUGUACUGUUUUUGUACGCUAUGGAAAAUUCACAAAGAAAGCUAUUGAGAUCUAUCCUUUUCAAUAUGUCCCUAAUCCUGUAAUCCGAGAUGUUUAUCCACAAAAAAGUAUUUACAGCGGGGGCAGAAAUAUCACAGUGACUGGACAGGGAUUUGAUGCUGUACAAAAACGCAUCAUGAAAGUGAAAGUAAUGGAGAAUGGACAACUUGUAGAAAAGAAUGAAACUAAAGCCUUAAAAAGUUCGAAUAGUUCAAUGCUCAUCUUUCCAUCGCCUCCUGCAAACCAGAAGAAUGUUUAUAUCUUUGUCAUAUUGGAUAAUUUUAAUGAAAACCAAACCUUUGAAUAUGUAGAGGAUCCAGUCUUUGAGCGUUUUAAAAAUGAUGUGUUAGUGCUUAAGCAACCACCAAUCUUCAUUAAGGGAAAACGUCUGAAUGAGGCAAUGACACCAGAAGAAGUGAAAGCUUAUAUUGGAACAGAGGAGUGUAAAGUUACAACCCUUUCCGUGAAGGACUUCGUGUGUACUCCACCUGAAAAGCAGCCAGCACCUAAGAGGGUUAAACGGGAUGCAAAUGAUGAUCUUCCAGAAUUUGUUGUUAAAAUGGGAUACCGCGAAUACUAUCUGGGGAAAGUAAAAUAUGACACUCCAGCACAGCUGCCACUUGGCCUUAUAUUGCCACUUGUACUGAUUCCAAUGCUGUUGAUUAUUGGUGUGUCUAUUUACUGCUACAGGCGCAAGAGCCAGCAAGCAGAACGAGAGUACAAGAAGAUUCAGCUACAGUUGGAGAGUCUUGAGGAGAGUGUGAGAGAUCGAUGCAAGAAAGAGUUCACUGACCUGGUGACUGAAAUGGAGGACCACUCAAAUGAUCUGAAUGAUGUUGGCAUCCCUUUUCUGGAUUAUAAAACUUAUACAGAUCGUGUCUUUUUCCUACCAUCAAAGGAUGGAGAAAAUGAUGUCAUGAUAACAGGCAAACUGGACAUUCCAGAGGCAAGGCGCCGUACAGUAGAGAUAGCUCUUAACCAGUUUUCAAAUUUGCUGAACAGCAAAUCUUUCUUGAUUGAUUUUAUCCACACACUCGAGAGUCAAAAAGAUUUCUCCGCAAGAGAGAAAGUUUAUUUUGCAUCUUUGUUGACUAUUGCUCUGCAUGGAAAGCUGGAAUACUACACUGACAUCAUGAGGACACUGCUGUUGGAGCUCAUGGAACAAUACGUUGCUAAAAACCCGAAGCUCAUGCUCCGAAGAUGUGAAACUGUUGUGGAACGGAUGCUUUCCAACUGGAUGUCUAUUUGCCUAUACCAGUUCCUGAAGGAUACUGCUGGAGAGCCACUAUACAAACUUUUCAAAGGACUUAAACACCAGGUUGAGAAAGGCCCAGUGGAUGCUGAACUGAAAAAAGCUAAAUACACACUAAAUGACACGGGAUUAUUGGGAGAGGAUGUGGAAUAUCAUGUGUUGACUUUGAAUGUCAUCGCACAAGAGGAUGUUGGAGAAUCAAUGCCAGUAAAGGUUCUGAGCUGUGACAGUAUAACCCAGGUUAAAGAGAAAAUCCUUGACCAAGUGUACAGAAAUGUUCCUUUUUCACAAAGGCCUGCACUGGAUAGUGUUGUUCUUGAAUGGCGUCCAGGUUCUACUGGUCAAAUUCUUUCAGAUCUGGAUGUCACAUCGGAGCGAGAUGGAAAAUGGAGGCGUUUAAAUACUUUAAGACACUAUAACGUGCGGGAUUUCUCCACUCUCAUUUUAGUAAGAUCUUCACACGCGCAACAACCUGAUGACCAUCAGCAGAUUAUUCAUGGAGAAAAAAGUGGAUUAUUAGAAGAAGAUAGAAGGUGGCAUUUAGUCCGGCCAGCAGAUGAAGUAGAUGAAAGUAAAUCAAAGCGUGGCAGCAUGAAGGAGAAAGAAAGGACCAAAGCUAUCACAGAAAUAUAUUUGACAAGACUUUUGUCUGUUAAGGGAACACUUCAGCAGUUUGUAGAUAAUUUCUUCCAAAGUAUUCUCAGUACGAAUCAAUUCAUUCCAACGGCUGUGAAAUACUAUUUUGACUUCCUUGACGAGCAAGCACGCAAAAAUGAAAUAAACGACGAAGAGACUAUUCAUAUCUGGAAAACCAACAGUUUGCCAUUAAGAUUCUGGGUAAACAUACUGAAAAAUCCACACUUCAUAUUUGAUGUGAAAGUUAAUGAAGUGGUGGAUGCAUCCCUAUCAGUGAUUGCACAGACCCUCAUGGAUGCUUGUACGAAGACAGAGUACAAAUUGAGCAGAGACUCUCCAAGCAAUAAACUACUUUAUGCCAGAGAAAUUUCCACAUACAAGAAGAUGGUGGAGGACUAUUACAGGGGUAUUCGUCAGCUGGUACAAGUCAGUGAUCAAGAUAUGAACACGCACUUAGCUGAAGUCUCAAGAGCUCAUACAGACAAACUGAAUACUAUGGUCGCAUUACAUCAGUUAUACCAAUACACAAACAAAUACUACGAUGAGAUAAUAAAUGCCUUAGAAGAAGACCAAGCAGCACAAAAGAUGCAGCUCUCUGUCCGUCUGCAACAAAUAGCAGCUGCACUAGAGAAUAAAACAACAGAUCUUUGACAUGACCAUUUUACAUAAUGAAAGCUCAGAUGUUAAAUUUUAUUACUUAGAAAAGAAAAUAGUGUUAUUUUUACUCUUCCAAUCACAUUUGCAGUUCUUAAUUCAAAGUCUGAAAUUCAUUAUUUUGUAAAUUAACUAAUAUUCUAUAAUAUUGUAUUAUAAACUUGGUCUAUAAAACCUGUGGAGAAUUGUCAAGUAAAUAUAUAAACAACCUAGUUGCUGAAAUUAGAUUGUGUUGUACUGAUCUACAUGGUUAUUUUAAAAAAAAGUGUAAAUUAUCUGAGCCCUAAAAAAUGCUUUCAUGAUUUGGCCCACAAUUAUGCUAAACUCCUUCACAGUGGGUUGAGUCUUGUACAGUAUGUUGCCUUCUAAUCUAAAGCUUCACUGUUGAUUGCAAGCUUUUUUCAAAUUUAAUAUUACAACCAUUAAUAACAGUACUGCCAUUUAUGUGCAUUCUGAUACAUUUUCUAGCUAACUGUCACAAUUGAAAAUGGCAUGAUUUUUAUACUUAUCAUUUUAUCCUGUCCAAAUUGGCAUUUUGACAGAAAUCAUGGAAACAUAUGAAAGUCUUUUCGUAAUUGUAUGUAAUACAGACCAAGUAGAGAAUGCUUGUAAAUUUAUGUUAAAAUUACAUUUUAGAGGUUUUUUUUACAAAUAGAACUAGUGACUACUGAAGUGUCUUUUGAUAUUUUUGAUAUAAUUUGGGAGAUGGAAUUGAAAAUAAAUUCAGCUUUUUAUUUA